CCAAUGUUAGGUUGGUCCUGCACCAUAUAUGACCAUUCCCAAUAAAUGAAACUUCAGACAAGGAAGUGGGAGACUUUUUUCAUCAUGUAGCAGGACUGGUGGUCCAAAGAUAAGCCAGAAAGCAGAAGGGUUGGGCAAGCUCAACAGCUCAGUUUGAGCCAGAGUGACAUUGUCUCUGGCUUAGGAGGGAUAUUGGAACCAAAAACUUCAUAAUUCCACAUAGUCCAUUGGUCAUUUUUCCCCACAUGAUCCAUGUUGCAUUGAUGCAGGCUAAUCCACUGGCUACCCAGAUACAGAAGAAAGGAACAGUACCACUUAAAAGCCUUUUCUUCCUUGUUUUGUCCAGACUGAGUGCCAGAGUUAUCACCGUGGGACCCACCUGGCAUCCAUUCUGUCUGGCAGAGUCUCUCGUAGUGGCUAAUCACAUCAUGUCCUACCAGACUAAACCCAGCAAUGUGUGGAUUGGAUUGCAUGACAUUAGACAUAAUGGAAAAUGGAGGUGGUCAGAUGAAUCUACCUACAACUACAAGGCAUGGAUGCUGGGAAAACCCAACUUGGGAAUGAAGGAAUAUUGUGUCGGGUUGGUCCAUCUUGUACAUGGGGCCAAUAUUCCUAAAGACUCCUAUCAUCAGUUUGAAGAAAUACCCAUUGGAGAACGUAGAGAUUUCACAAAAUGGAAUAACACUGCAUGUCACAAACUGAAUGCCUACAUCUGCAAGCAUGAAUGGUAGGGAAGAGACCCUGGUUCGAAAAGAUCUGAGGUCCACAUGAAUUGAACUCGCAGAAGAACAUCUCUGCCAUCUUCAGUCCAGUUUUAUAAGCUGACAGCUAUUUACAUCUCAGAUUCCUUGGGGAAGUUCCCUAAUAGUUAAAACAAUAAAAUACCCAUUUAACUUAAUAAUAUUGACACGUUCUUUGAACCUUGAUCAUCCAUAUAGUGGAUGUGCUAUCAGUUAAUGAAAUAAUUAAGAAUAAAAUACUUUGUAUGGCAUGGGCAUGAA